GGAAGUUACAAUGCAGAAAAAACUACUGGAAGGUCAAGGGUCAGAGAUCAAAUGUCAAGCCUGUGAUGAGGAGAAUCAGGCAAUUUCAAGAUGCAUGGACUGUGAUCAUUUCCUCUGUCAAGAUUGUCAAAAGGCACAUGGACGUAUGACUGUCAUGAAAACUCAUCAAAUCUAUACAAUGGCUCAACUUCGUUCAGGAGAGAUUGUCUACAAGAGUAAACUUAGAGAAGAAGUUCCCAAAUGUGGCAAUCAUCCAGAUCAGAAUCUGAAUGUCUACUGCAACUUAUGUGAGCAAAUCAUAUGCACAACUUGCUCUGUACUUGAUCAUGCAAAACACUCACUCAUUGGAUUAACUGAGGCUGCAGAGAAAUGUAAGAAGAAGGUCACAGAAAUGGUUCAAAAAAGUGAGAGCAGAAAAACAGAAUUGAGCACAACCAUAGAAGAGACCUCCAAAUCUCAAAAAGAGCUGGACACCAUGUUUGCCAACACUCAAAACAAAAUAUCCAAAAAGGCUCAACAAGAGAUUACAAAGUUCAAGCAGGAGGUUGCAAAGAUCCAAAAAGAGAUUGCAAAGAUCCAAAAGGAAGAACAGAAAUUGUUGAAAGAAACAGACAUGAUUUAUAAAGACAAACUCAAAGCUCUUGAAGCUGCUCAAUCAACCAACAGCAAAGAGGUGUCACAGACAGAGCACAAGCUGGAGGAGGUCAAACAACUUAUGAAUCAAGCAAGUUGCUACGAGAUUCUUGAACUUCAGCAGAAGCUCUUGCAUAACCUUAGUGAAUUGACAGGGAAACAGCCACAGCAAGUUCCUGACAACUUUAACUUCAUGGACUUUGAAGAAGGUGAGGAGAGGUCACUUGGGAGACUCAUUCUGGAGAAGCCACGGGCUGCAGAAAAGCUAAAGCUAAGACCUGCAAGAUCAUGUGUGAAGGAGAAAUGGGAACUGAAGACUGAAGUCAAGAACUUUGAAUUACCAAAUGCAUUUAUAACACAUGUUGAAGCACUCUCUAACAACAAAGUAAUGGCACUCUCUAUUAAAUCAAACAUAUUAUUCCAUAAAACCAAUAUGUCACCUACCAUACAUCCAAUCAUCACAGUCUCACUGCCGGGAAGUCAACAUGAGAGAACUCCAAUUCCACAAAGGCUGCAAAUCAAUGGCCUCACCAAUGUCAUGUGUAUUGCAGUGAGCAAGGAUGACAAGCUCCUUGCUCUAGAUGGUCCAGUAGUCAAGGUCUUCAACAAGCAACAUCAGCUCCUCCAUCAGUUCACACCAGGUAGAGGGUCAGACAGCCAACCAACA